GUCUGCAUGUCUUGAAGUGGGUUCAGGGAAGUGUUGAGGGGGCGGACAGUUUUGAUUUUCUCUACAUUGUGCUUAGCCAAUAAUGUAGAGGGAACUGUUGUGCACAUCUCAGCUGGCAGACAUUUAAAAGGGAGACAGUCCGGCGCUGCAGCAAUUUGUAUUAAACCCCCUGGCCCCUGUCUAUGGAGCGGCUAGUCUCCCACCCAUCCACAGUCCCGCCAGCGUUCAGUCGACAGCAGUAGGUGCCUAUCACCUCGGGAAGGUGCCGUCGAGGACUGACAGGAUCAGAUCAUCGCACUUUGUAGCAGUGGAGGCUCGCGCAGGAUGGCCAACUCGACGCGUAUCUUCUGCAGUAUGGUUUUCAUCAUUGGGCUGCUAUCCUCUCCCGUGGAUUCCAAGAGAAACCGAGGUUCACAAGGCGCCAUUCCUCAUCCUGACAAAAACAACCCAAACGAAUCGGAGCAGCAACCGCAGCCUCCGCAGGCGGGCUCCGGGUCCCGGCAGAGGCAGGGCGCAUCCUCACCAGCCGACGAGGUGCUGGAGUCCAGCCAGGAAGCUUUGCAUGUGACGGAGCGCCAGUAUUUGAAACGGGACUGGUGCAAGACGCAGCCCCUAAAGCAGACCAUCCACGAGGAGGGCUGCGUCAGCCGCACCAUCAUCAACCGCUUCUGUUACGGACAGUGCAACUCCUUCUACAUCCCCAGGCACAUCCGCAGGGAGGAGGGUGCCUUCCAGUCCUGCUCGUUUUGCAAGCCGAAGCGUUUCACCACCAUGACGUUUACUUUGAACUGUCCGGACCAGCAGCCACCCACCAAGAAGAAGCGCAUCCAGCGCGUCAAACAGUGCCGCUGUAUAUCCAUAGACCUGGACUGAAGGCGCGCAGAAAUGUGUUGUGUGUGUGUGUGUGUGUGUGUGUGUUUCAUACUCGUAUUCUUCGCUGUCAGGAUUGUCCUUAUCAAAAGAAGAGAGGCUGUCACGCAGCCAAGAACACGUGCCUGUCUCCACCGGGGAGGACGCACCCAUGAGGGCGCCCUACGCGCGGGCUUCUCCUCUUACACGACGUGUGAAUAAAUGUGGACAUGCAACUUAUAAACCAGAGCUGAACCGCGUUGACCACUGUUACCCCUCACCGGUCUGAAAACAAGCAUCACUGCACGGGAACGCCGACUUGGGAAUGGGCACGUUUUACGCACGGCUUCCUCUCACCUGCAGAGGACUGCGCCACCCCGGUUUAUUUACUCACAAAAAAACAUUUUCCCCGAUUUUGUAUUUCUGUGUGCAUACGUGUUUGUCCAACUGGAUUGUUUCCACUGUGUGGAAUUCGAUGGAUAAGAAUGGGUUAUUUGUAAAUGAGAAAAAUGUGAUAUUAUUUCGAUAGUUCCAGAAUCUUUCAAAGUUAAUUGAUUGAUUUCUUUUUCUCUUUUCUUCUGUAAGCUGGGUCAGUUGUAGAGACCGUAGUGUUUGUUAGUUAAACCAAACGGUGUGCAGCGGUGGUUUCUACAUUAUCGAGGUUAAAUAGUUGUAAAAUGUAAAGCCAUCUUUUGAUGUAAGCGGUUGGUUUUUAUCUCUUUGAUUAAAUUAUCCAUGGAAAAAAAAAACAACAACAACAAAAAAACAUCAAAUAAACGGAUGUUGGAAUAUCCUGCAAAUCAUCUGUUACUCUGCACCUGAAGGAGGAAGGUGUUUCUGUCUCCUCAGACCUUGGGACUCGUUUCAUCGUUAAACUAGUCAGUUUUACGAGAAAAGCGGUUACCUGCUCCAGCUAUCUCUUGAAAUGACGCCAUUUAAACUUCACUAAAUUUUGUUACAUGGCUCACAAAUCUGUCGGAGGGCUGAGGAGAGGGGAACACGGUGCUUAAAGUCAAACGAUGAGGGUUUUUUUUUUUCCAGCCUGGAACGGCCCCAAUUGAACUUUUCUUUUUUUGGUUGCAGAUUUGUUCUUGAUUUAAAAUGGCAAUAAAAAUCUCCCAAGUAUUUUAUGA